UGGUGGCGACAUUGGAGACAAGAAGCUGGGCAGCGAGAGCAGUGGCAGUGGCCACAUAGCCGUCCAAAUUGAGCCGGCCAGGCGUGUCAAGCGGCAUAGCAUACACGGAAUGAUGGAGGAGGAGAACACCAUACGGCCGCAUCAAGAGAUACGUCAGCUAACUCUGGAGGAGAAGAAGUUUCUACUGGCCGUGGAAAGGGGCGAUAUGGCGGGCACCCGAAGAAUGCUGCAGAAGGCGCAGGACACGGAAUACAUUAAUGUGAACUGCGUUGAUCCGCUGGGGCGAACCGCCCUGCUGAUGGCCAUCGAUAACGAGAACUUGGAGAUGGUGGAAUUGCUCAUAAACUACAAUGUCGAUACGAAGGACGCGCUCCUGCACUCCAUAUCCGAGGAGUUUGUUGAGGCUGUUGAGGUGCUAUUGGAUCAUGAGAAUGUCACCUUUCAAAACGAGGGCAACCAUAGCUGGGAGUCCGCUUCGGAGGAGACUUCAACGUUUACACCGGACAUAACUCCACUAAUAUUGGCCGCCCAUCGGGACAAUUACGAGAUCAUCAAGAUCCUACUGGACCGAGGUGCUGUCCUGCCCAUGCCUCAUGAUGUACGCUGCGGCUGUGAUGAGUGCGUCCAGUCCCGGCAGGAGGACUCUCUCAGGCACUCGCGAUCCCGCAUAAAUGCCUACCGUGCUCUGGCCAGUCCCAGCCUAAUCGCGCUCUCCUCCAAGGAUCCCAUACUCACCGCCUUCGAGCUGUCCUGGGAGCUGCGGCGCCUAAGCUUUCUCGAGCACGAAUUCAAGAAUGAGUACCAGGAGCUGCGCAAACAGUGCCAGGACUUUGCUACAGCCCUGCUGGACCAUACGCGCACCUCGCACGAGCUGGAGAUAUUGCUGAACCACGAUCCCACUGGCCCGGUCUUUGAGCACGGCGAACGCAUGCAUCUGAAUCGCCUAAAGCUGGCCAUCAAGCUGCGCCAGAAGAAGUUUGUGGCCCAUUCGAAUGUGCAGCAGUUGCUGGCCAGCAUUUGGUACGAGGGCCUGCCGGGAUUUAGGCGCAAGAACAUGGCGCUGCAGGCACUGGACAUAAUUCGCAUUGGCAUCCUGUUUCCCAUAUUCUCGCUGGCCUACAUACUGGCGCCGUACUCGAGCAUUGGCCAGACCAUGCGCAAGCCCUUCAUAAAGUUCAUUUGCCAUAGCGCCUCGUAUUUCACAUUUCUGUUCCUGCUAAUGCUUGCCUCGCAGCGCAUUGAGACCUUCAUCGGCAGCUGGUUCUGGUCGGAGGCAACCACCAUGCUGAACCAGGCGGAGGAGCUGCAGCUGCCGACCAAGCGCGGCGCCAAGCCCACGUUCAUCGAGUGGCUGAUUCUCGCCUGGGUCAGCGGCCUGAUUUGGAGCGAGGUGAAGCAACUGUGGGACGUGGGACUGCAGGAGUAUCUGAACGACAUGUGGAAUGUCAUUGACUUUGUCACCAACUCUCUGUAUGUCGCCACCGUUGCCCUGCGGGUUGUCUCAUUCUUUCAGGUGCAAAAGGAGAUGAUCUUCAAUUCACAGGCCACAGACCUGCCGCGCGAGCGCUGGGACACCUGGGAUCCAAUGCUCAUCUCGGAAGGCCUCUUCAGUGCGGCGAAUAUUUUCAGUAGCCUCAAGCUGGUGUACAUCUUCUCGGUGAACCCACACUUGGGGCCACUGCAAGUGUCUCUGUCGCGCAUGGUCAUGGACAUCAUGAAGUUUUUCUUCCUGUAUGUCCUGGUCCUCUUCGCCUUUGGCAGCGGUCUCAAUCAGCUCCUCUGGUACUACGCUGAUCUGGAGAAGAAGCGUUGUCCGGAGGUCUCGCCCAGUCUGCUCCUCAACAUGAACGGCACAAACGAUCCGAACGCGUGCAUUGUCUGGCGGCGAUUCUCCAAUCUGUUUGAGACGACGCAAACCUUGUUUUGGGCCGUCUUUGGACUCAUUGACCUGGACAGCUUCGAGCUGGAUGGCAUUAAGAUCUUCACGCGCUUUUGGGGCAUGCUCAUGUUCGGCACCUACUCGGUCAUCAACAUCGUUGUGCUGCUCAAUCUGCUGAUUGCCAUGAUGAAUCACUCGUAUCAGCUCAUCUCGGAACGCGCCGAUGUUGAGUGGAAAUUCGCCCGCUCCAAAUUGUGGAUCAGCUACUUUGAAGAGGGCGGCACUUGCCCGCCCCCGUUCAAUAUAAUUCCCACACCCAAGUCCAUAUGGUAUGCCAGCAAGUGGAUGCGCCAGAUGUUCUGCAGCGGCUCCUCCGCAGCCCGCCGCGAGCACCUCAAGACAAUACGGCGCAAGGCGCAGCAGGCCAGUGACAGGGACUUCAAGUAUCAGCAGAUCAUGCGGAAUCUGGUCCGCCGCUAUGUGACGGUGGAGCAGCGAAAGGCGGAGUCACAGGGCGUCACCGAGGACGACGUAAACGAGAUUAAGCAGGACAUUUCCGCCUUCCGCUGCGAGCUGGUGGAGAUACUGAAGAACAGCGGCAUGGACACAAAUGUGACUGCAGGUCAAGGUGGUGGCGGUGGCAAAAAGAAUCGCCAGAAGGAGCGACGCCUUAUGAAGGGUUUCAAUAUUGCGCCACCCGGCUCCACGAGCUCGCUGGCGCCGGUGGCCGAAUUCUCGACAUCGCUUGACAACUACGAUAACCAGCAUGAGAUUCUCAGCUCGACCCUGUCCACCCUGUUCACGCCCAAUUUCAUCCACAGACGUCAGAAUACCACCGGCGGAAUGGCUGGCGCCGAGUCGCCAACCACGCCUACGCAGAGCUCAGUAGCUGCGUCGACGGCGUCGGCUUCGGCGGCAUCGGCAGCGCCUGCUGCCACCAAGUACAACAAGUCGACGCUGAAGUAUAACAAGCGCAUAGCGGGACACAAAAAACGUUGGGGCACACUCAUUGAGGCCGCCAAGGUGGGCAACAUGAGCAAAAUGCUGGGACGCUCCAAGUCCGAGGACUCCGUCUGCAAUUCCACGCACAAUGCCACGCCCGUGCACGAGCAGGUGCGGGUAACAUAUGCGCAGAGCUCAACGCAGCGCACCUACGCCUACCACGGAGCGGAGCCACCAGCUGUGGCGCCGGUUCCUCCGGCCAGCACGUCGGGACACUCGCAUGUGGGCAUGGGCGCCCACUUCUUUCACACGACCUCCGGUCUGACUGCUAUCGCAGCUCUGAAGCGCAAACGCAAAAAGUUCUCUUCGAGUAAAAACAUUUGUCCCGUAACUGAAUCCAUUGCGGCUGCCAAUGCUGCCGAGCUGCUGACUGACAAGACCCUUAAGCGCGUGUCCAGCUAUCCGGCAGCUAGCGCCCAGGGCGGCAGUGUGCCGCACAAGGAUCCUAGCCAGGUGGUCAAGCCGCGGCGCCACGAGCAAACUCAGAGCCAGCACGACUCGGUUGAGGCCUCAACGGAGUUCACCCUGUCCAUCGAUCCAUCCAACACGUCCGUCAAUUCGCGCGAGCCACUGAUCGGCAGCAGCUGCGUCUCCACAAUGGGCACCAUUGGCUGA